UUUCUUUUUAAUUUUAAUUUCUCAACUUCUUGGUUCAUAUGUUCUGUGUAGUAAUUUGUUUGUUACCCUUUAUUUAGUUUUCUUUGAGAUAUAUAUAUAUAUAUAUAUAUAUAUAUAUAUAUUUCGUGUGAGUUUCAAACAUGAACCAGAAAAAAGUGGAUAGAUAUAUUGUCUCUUGGGUUGAAGCCAAAGAAGGCAGUUAAUAUAUAUAUACACACACAAUCAAAGAAGUUAGGAGAUUAUAGAUAUACAGUAUAUAUAGCUAUAGAGAGUCUCAUUUCUUGUAUGUUUCUGUUUAAUCUUCUCUUUUGUCCCUUUUAUCGUAUUUAUCAGUAUAUGUCUGUAUAUAUAGAUAGAUCUGAACAAAGUUUUGUCGAUUUCUAACUUAUUUGCUUUCUUCUUUCUUUUUCUCUUAAGGUUUUUGUUUCUUUUUUGUUUCGUUUGGUGAUGAUGAACAAAGACAUGUUACUUCAUCAGCAUCAUCAUCAACCACAACAAGAACAAGUACAGCAUCAACAAGACGAGAAUAUGUCGAAUCUAACAUCAGCUUCUGGUGGUGAUCAAGCAAGUGUCUCUUCGGGAAACAUAACUGAAGCAAGUGGCUCUAAUUACUUCCCUCAUCAUCAGCAGCAACAACAACAACAACAGUUCUGUAUUCCAGAUUUAUCACAGCCUCAAAAGAAGAGGAGAAACCAACCAGGGAAUCCAGACCCAGAAUCAGAAGUGAUAGCUUUAUCACCAAAAACACUAAUGGCAACAAACAGAUUCGUGUGUGAGAUCUGCAACAAAGGUUUCCAAAGAGACCAGAAUUUACAGCUUCACAGAAGAGGUCACAAUCUGCCAUGGAAGCUGAAACAAAGAUCCAACAAAGAAAUCAUAAGGAAGAAAGUCUAUGUCUGUCCAGAAGCAACUUGUGUCCACCAUGACCCAUCUAGAGCUCUAGGUGACUUAACCGGAAUCAAGAAGCAUUUCUGCAGAAAACAUGGGGAGAAGAAGUGGAAAUGUGACAAAUGCUCUAAGAAGUAUGCUGUUCAAUCAGAUUGCAAGGCUCAUUCUAAGACUUGUGGCACCAAGGAAUACAGAUGUGACUGUGGCACUCUCUUUUCUAGGAGGGAUAGUUUCAUAACUCAUAGAGCAUUUUGUGAAGCAUUGGCUGAAGAGACUGCAAGAGAAGUAGUACUGCCUACACAAAACCAGAACAGUCAACCAAAUCCUCUUUUGAUUUGUCAAUCUUCUUCUCAUCCUCAUUCGCAUCAUCAUCAAACUCAACCGAACAUAAACCUGUCUUCUUCUUCUUCAUCCUCCCACAAUAUCAUCAAUAGCCUUCAUUUCGACACCAACAAUGCUAGUACUAGUAAUGUCAACAGUAGCAGCAACCAUCUCCAUACGUUUCCCAUGAAGAAAGAGCAACAAAGCAAUGACCAUAUCAUCAAUUACCAUCAUAAUAUCCCUCCCUGGCUUGCUCCUCAGCCCCAUUCUCAUCAGCCACACGAUCUCACGUCUUCAAACCCUAAUUCUUGUAACGGUGCAGGACGAGGUUUGUUCUCUCUUGCUUCUCCGGCUAUGUCAGCCACCGCAUUGCUCCAGAAAGCAGCCCAAAUGGGUUCUACAAAGACAACAACCACGGACUUGGAGAGGUCAACUCAUAAUAGCACCCUCACGACGACAAUGGCAUCGAUGAUGACGUCGCCGUCUGGAUUCAUCAACUCCAACAACAACAAUCAAGGUUUGUUCCAAGACUACAGCGCAUCCGGGUUUGAUCAUCACGGUGGAGAAGAAGCAUUUGACGAUACGUUUGGCGGGUUCUUGAGAACAAACGAAGCUACAACAACCGCUUCAGCCGCAAGAUCAGAGAAGAGUAAAAGCGGUGGAGGAGAAGGUUUGACGAGAGAUUUCUUGGGGAUAAGACCGUUGAUGUCUCAUAACGAGAUUCUAAGUUUUGCUGGUCUUGGAAAUUGCAUCAAUAGCUCUGCUUCUGAUCAGCUCCAUCCAAAGCCUUGGCAGGGUUAGUUUAGUUUCUUUUUGCUCAUGAUAUUAUUACAAACCUAUCUAAAAUUGAUAUGUGUAUAUAUUUAAAUAUAUAGGUAGUUUCGUAUUUUCAUAUAUAAUAUUUUUCUUGUGUUGCCUUUCGUUUUAUAAAUUUUAUCGCCGAUCAAAAUGGUGCAAGUUUAUACAGAAACAUUUGAUUAAAUUGUUAUGUUUCGUCUAUUUCAUAUUUAUUUUCUCCCU